AUGCCGGCAUUUGGAGUCAAUACUCCGGUUCUGGACUCCUUCCUGACUGUCAUUAUUGAUAGCAUAAGAAGCAAAAAUGGCCAGCGUAUCACGGAGCUCAUCCAGUUGGAUUUUGGUAGUCUGCCACCAGAGCGGCAAAAGCCCUAUGCCGAUCUCAAUGCAGAACUGAAUCGCACCUAUCCUCCGGAGAAGGAUGGAGAGUUGUCGGCGAGAUGCCAAAGGGAUUUGUCACAAGAUGAAUUUGGACUGUUCAGCAUCACUUUCGCCGACAGCAUCGUAUACUACUUCCGCUAUCUUCGCGAUUUCACCACAGCUGAUAACCAUGCAAAGGCCUCGAAGAUCAGACAGCUCACAAGUCAGUGUGUCAUCGCCCUUGGGGACUCCAGAUAUGGGGUGAUUAUGGUACCUAUUGUACUCUCAUUUUCACGUACUUUGGCCACGAUUGCCUCGAAUCUGGACCGGAACCCCAGCCUGGUGAGGAGCAGCGACCUUCUUACCACUGCCGAUACGGAAGGCGCCCCGGGGAAAGUCAGCUUUGUUGAAGAUGCCGCGAAUGUCUUGCGAGACGCCUUCAUCAAGUGUCUUGCGGGCAGCCCUGGCGUGUCACGCACUUCACGGCCAACAGCCGAUGACAAACGAGUCGGAAUCUAUCUGACGGCAAAUUCAUGCCUGAAGCUGCUGAUCCAGUGUCGGAAGUUACGAAAUGCACAACAAAUGUUCUCGAGCAUCGACGCACAGUCUCCGCCACUGUUGUAUUAUCCUGCGGCGCAGCGGGUGACAUAUCUUUAUUAUCUUGGUCGUUACCAUUUCGCCAACAAUCAUUUUCUGCGUGCUCAGGCUGCUCUUCAAGCGGCCUACGAUCAAUGCCAUCGAGAUGCUUUCAAGCACCGAAAGACCAUCCUUAUCUACCUUAUGGCAGCGAACCUAUGUUUGGGUCGCUUCCCAUCAUCGUUCUUGCUCUCAAGGCCCGAAGCCUCGGAACUGAGCCAGAGAUAUCUGCCCCUUUGCAAGAUAUUGCAGAGGGGUGAUCUGGGCGCUUUCUACCAAUACUUAGAUCCAGAGAGAGAGUCUGGGUUGUGGUUCCUCCGUCGAUCUGUCCUGCUUCAAUUACAGAACAGAUGCGAGAUCAUAGUUUGGAGAAGUCUGAUCAGGAAAACGUUCUUCAUCAGUGGUUACAUGGGCGAAGAGAAGAAAGUCCCAUUCUUGAGACUUCACUAUGUCCAACAUGCUGCGGCUUGGUCUUUGAACAGGCACCUCACCCCGACGCAGGCAGGUGGUUUCAUGCCUCAAGUCUCAAACGCAAAAGCCGCCUAUAUAGACCCCGAGUUCAGGGACAUGGACUCUGCUAUUAACGAAACGGGCUUUGAUUUGGAUAGCGGAGAGUACAUUGAUGAGUAUAUCGGGCAGCACGAGGCGUCCGAUGGCAACAACAUUGAUGAGCAGACACCUACAAUGACUGAGAUCGAGUCUGUCAUACUUAGCCUUAUUCAGCAAGGGCUCAUCAAAGGAUUUGCGCUACAUACUAACCCGAGAUUUGCGAUACCGGGCAGUCAAAAGGCGGGAGGCCCGAUGAAAGCCGGGUUUCCAGCAAUAUGGAAGGUGAUCAAGGGCAGAAUGGGAGACGAGCCAGUGCCAGGCUGGGUUGAGGAGGCGAAUCUCAACACGGGAGGUAGCAACGUGGUAAGGAUAUUUGGGGCUAGACCUGCAGGCGCAUAG